AUUGAUUUUCAUAAUGUUUCUGCGGUGUUUUGAAACCAAUCGUUUGAACCUCUGAGAAUCUUACCUAAGUGAACCACUCCUACGCCUCUAAGUGCUCCAAACUGAUAUAUGACAAUAUCUACUUUGGAUCACGUGUCCUGGAGAGAGCGACUAAGACGGAUCGCGCGUCAUCUCGCCUUCCCAAAUUUUUCCCCCUCUGCACCUCGGAUCCAAAACAUCUAUCUAUAGGAGCGAGAAAAGGAAGAAAGAUGUUUAACUCAGUCAACCUGGGAAACUUCUGCUCGCAGUCGCGCAAAGAGCGGAGCGCCGACUUUGGCGAGCGGGCAGGUUGCGCUUCCAACCUCUACCUCCCCAGCUGCACCUAUUACGUCCCAGAAUUUUCGACUGUGUCAUCUUUCCUGCCACAGGCCCCCUCUCGCCAAAUCUCCUACCCUUACUCCACCAACCUCUCGCAAGUGCAGCCCGUGCGGGAGGUUUCCUACGGGCUGGACCCUUCCAAUAAAUGGCACCAUAGAAGCAAUUACGCCUCGUGCUACUCGGCGGAGGAGCUGAUGCACCGCGAGUGCCUCCCGCCUUCCACCAUGACCGAAAUGCUAAUGAAAAACGAGAGCGCCUACAGCCACCACCACCACCCCAGCGCCAACCACCCGGCGUCCACGGGCUUCUACUCCAGCAUGAACAAGAACAGCGUCCUCCCGCAGGGCUUCGACCGCUUCUUCGAGAACGCCUAUUGCUCCACCGAGACCCCGCCGGAGCCCUGCCUGCAGAAGGGCGAGGGCAAGCUGGAGACCGACUCCCAGCCCGGCGCGCUGUCAUCCCGCGGCGACCAAGGCGUAGACCCGGAAGACGAAGAGGAGAACACCAACCCGGGCUCCUCAGCCUCUUCCUCCUCUGUCAACAAGGAAGGCAGCAAGAGCGGCAGCGCGAGUACCCCCCGCACGAGAAAGAAGCGGUGUCCCUAUUCAAAAUUCCAAAUCCGAGAGCUCGAGAGAGAGUUUUUCUUCAACGUCUACAUCAACAAAGAGAAAAGGCUGCAGCUGUCCAGGAUGUUGAAUCUCACCGACCGACAGGUUAAAAUUUGGUUUCAGAACAGAAGGAUGAAAGAAAAAAAACUAAGCAGAGACCGCCUGCAGUAUUUCUCUGGAAAUCCCUUAUUGUGAACCUAUUUUGUUAAAAAAAAUAUAUUAACAAAUGCUUCUCUUGCUUGUUGAAGUAUUCUGUGUAUGAAGAAGGAGCGCUGCAAGCCCGGCUUUGACUGUGGGAGGCGACCAGCGACCCUCGAGAGUUUUAAGCCUUUUCCUUCCUUAUCUUUGUAAUGUGUGGGACCUGGUCGGCUUAACCACAAUAAGGAGUCACACAAGUUUUCCCCCCUCCCCCCCCAUGACCUAAACGUUAAAAGGACUCGGAGACUCGUAUGAACUGCAUUUUUUUUAUUUAACAUUUAGUCUCGAAGAAUGGGAAUUACGUUUUUUUAAUUAUUAUUUUUCCUUCUUCUGCCUCGUCGCCAGUCCAUGUCCGAUGGAAGAAACCACAGUGCUGUAUCCUGAACCUCGCAGACUGAUGAUCUGGUUACGCAAAAGCGCCCCCCAAAGACUCCCUGUCUUUCACUGGGAGGAGGGCGUUGUGUGAGGGUGCAUGCAGAUGUAUGUGGAUCUACCCACACGUGUUCACCUGUGCACACAGACACACACAGAGAGAGACACACACACACUGCUCUCCAUUCAGAGUUCCACUGCUGUACAUGCCAAGGACUGUUGUUCGCUUGAAAACUUAUUUAAAGUAUUCCAGGAAUCCGUAUCACUCUAAUGGUGUGAUUUUCAUUGUAUCUUUUAUAUGUUCAUAUUCUAUGCAGUCCCGGAUUUUUAUUUUUAUUUUUUAUUUUUUUGCAUCUGGGGGUUAGGGUAGGGGGUGGGGGAUGGACAGGGAGGAAGGGGAAUGGACGACGAUAAAUUUGCAAUAACUGUCUCUGAAAUAGUAUGUAAAAUGCAUUAUUUUCUUCGCUCUCGACGUGAGACCAACAUCAGCAACAAGAUCAACAACAACACCAAGAACAACAUUUGCAAUUAUUAAAAAAAAAUAAAAUCUUUGUGUAUGUAAAGGAGUGAAUCCCGGGAAACUCUGUGAAAU